AUGUACCGCCGCAAUUCUGCAACCGGAUUUCCAAGCCUUAUAACGAUAUUUUCUGCUCCAAAUUACUUGGACGUGUACAAUAACAAGGCCGCAAUCCUCAAAUACGAGGACAAUGUGAUGAAUAUUCGACAGUUCAAUUGCUCACCGCAUCCAUAUUGUCCAGAGUUCAUGAAUACUGCAUCAGCUCUAGCAUGUUUGCAAUAUGCAUGCGUCUUUGACUCAUUUUUAAAUCUAUUUUGA